AUGGACGCAGAUUUUGUGGCAGUGAAGGAUAUGGAUCCUAUCCUCGCCCUGCUGGGAACGCAUGACUUUGUCUCCUACCAGGAGAAAGGAGAGCCUGGCCAAGUGUGCAGCGCAGCUUUCAGCUCCAACCUGAUCGGUGGGAGGAAGGGAAGCCCCGUCUUCAAAUUCCUCUGGGAGCGCCAGAAGGAGAAGAUGCGAAAGAAGUGUGGUCAGGUAGCCCCUGGGGAGGCUUGCUGCCCAGAGAACACCAGACGGUCCUGCGCCGUCCCAUGGGCUGCGCUGGGUGAGGGUAUCACGCACCCGGCCUUCAACGAGUUGCUGAAGACAGGGGACGUCUUCGAGACCUUCUGCUUCGCCGACGAGUGGUCUUUCGUUCCGGACCACUUCGCCUAUUCUGUGGAGCACAUCCCCUCCAAGGACGAGGCCUUAAAGUACAUGGAGGAGCGUGGUAUCCAACACUCACUGGACAGGAUCGUGUACCACCUCUUCAACGCCAUCACGCCGCUGCACAAGUGGAAGUGUGCAACGCUUCUGGACCCUAGGCGGCUGGUGGGGCACCUCUACACUGAGAGCUUCCGCUCGGAGACUGGACGACGUCCGGUGCAGCAGAGCGAGGAGUCGGAUGCCUGGCUCCAGGAGCAUCCAGAAUUUGUCAAGUACCAGCAGGUCCACAAUGGCUGGCAGCCUUGUCCUGGUCCGGUGGAGGUGACCGAGGCACCCCCCUCGUCCGCUCCCUCGCAGGAGAGGAGCUGCCAAAUCUUCACCCUCUGGGAGUACAAAUCGGGUCCGCCUCUGUCCGUGGCCCUGAAUGUGGAAGGCCAGAAGCUGCCAAGACUAGUUUAG